UGUUGUGUUUCGUGAUUGGUCAGUAUGAAAAAACUCCCUAGUCGUUUGACUAAUAGAAUACAUAGAAAUUACGUUUCAUCGCUUCGUAUUGAAAAAGAACUUGUAUUUAGAGAAGGAGUAAACUGAUCAGUGGGGGCGGUGAACCUAAACUCUGCUAAGCGCGAUCGCAUCUCUACAGUUAAGAGAAGAUCUGAUGAAAAUGUUAUUGUGGAAUUGAAUUAAAUUAACAAUCGAGAAGUAAAGAGAAAGAAAGGCCGAAUGAUCGGCACAUAAUCGGUAAAUAAAUAAUAUCGAAAAAUUGGCGUUGUUUUUUCUAACUUGUUAAAUAAUCAGAAACGUAUUCAGCCAACCUUUAAAAUUAAAUAAAAAUGGAGUUGGAGGAAGAAGAAGCUCAAGUAUGCAGACUAUGUGGUCAACAUGGAAAAAUUUUUAUCGAUGUGUUUGGAGAAGAAGGUUUGAAAAGGUUACUCGCCACGAAAAUACAAUCCAAAAUCAACAUUUUGAUAGAUGAAAAGGAUCCUCUGCCCAAGGCGAUCUGUCUUCAAUGUCUGGGCAAACUCGAAUUCGUUUGUGACUUUCAAGAGGAAUGUCUACGCACCCAACAAGUGUUACGCGAUCGGUACAAUCUACCACCCUUAACAGAGAUUGAUGAAGUAAAGAACGAAGAUGCUGCUCCAAGUACAUCGACAAAUAAUAAUAAUAAUAUUGACAAAAAUCUUAAUUCUUCGCCUAACAAGACUUCGCCUAUAAAAGAAGAAGAUCAACGUGUUAUUAAAAAUAAUACAAAGCCACAAAGAAAUCUAAGAAGUCAUCAACAUGCAUUCAAGGAUAGCAAUGAUACCUCUAAAUAUCAAAAUACUGAAGAUAACAAUCAAGAGAAAGCGGAAGAAUCACAGCCCAUUUCACAACCUGAAGUUUCUCGUACACGUUGGCUUAGAAGUAGACAAAGUGCAGAUACAACGACUACUCAAAAUAGUGCAGAUAGUGAAUCUGAUACUCCAAUUGCAAAUCGUUUAAGAAGUCAUAAUAACACUAUCUCUCCAGAUAAUAAUGUUAAUUGUCGCAAUAAUACAAGUGAGAACGUUGAAAAGCGGAGUGGAAAACAACAACAAGAUUCUCAUACUAUUCAAAUUCCAACAACAGCACUGAACAAACUGCUUACUAUUGUCUCUAAUUCAUCAAACAUAGAAGUUUCUGUAAAAGAAUCAAGAAAUCGUCAAAAUGAUGCAGAAGACAUUAGUUUUACUGUAGAAUUGUGUAAAAAAAAGUGUGAUAGUGUAGCUACAGUACGAGCAACAGUGUUUCCAGAUCAAGGCUCGUGUUUAGUAGAUACUUCUAUCAUAGAGUUACUUGAAAAUCAUAACAGUGCUGAAGCAAAUAGUAUAAUUAGUUCUAUUAUUAGUGGUAAUUCGAAAAGUAAUACAAUCAAGUUAGAGGACUUAACAGAAUUUGAACAGAGACUGGAAAAUUCACAAAAUCCUGAAGAAUUAUUUAGGAUUGAUGGGGAAGAAAUACGCGUAGACGAUAAUGUAGAACACAUUGUGGCUGACAAUCAAAAUGGAUAUAUUUGUAAGCUUUGUAAAAAGUUUUAUGAACGGAAAGAUAAAUGCACAGUUCAUGUUAAAACUCAUCUGGGAAUUAAGCAAUAUACUUGUAUUCUUUGUAAUGCGAAAUUUGUUUGUAAAUCUGAUGUAAUGAAGCAUAUUAGAUGUUCGCAUACUAAUCCUAGGCCAAUACAAUGUCCAAAGUGUCCAAAAAGAUUUAAAUCCAAAUUUUAUUUAACUGAACAUGAUAAUGUUCAUAAAGGAAUACGACCUUACAGUUGUACAGAAUGUGAACAAAGUUAUCACCAUAAAGUGUCCUUACAGAUUCAUAGAAAGUCACAUUUACCGCCACAAAAUUUAGCUUGCGAAUAUUGUGGUAAGGUGUUUCCUUAUCGUACGCGUUUACUUAGUCAUAUUGCCAGUGUUCAUUUAAAAAAUCGUCGGAAUUUUCGAUGUAGAUUUUGUUAUAAUCUUUAUUCAAGUUUAUCGGUAUUAAAUGAACAUAUAAAAACGAGACAUGCAACAACAUAUACUUGUGAAAUUUGUAGUAAAACGUUUAAGGUGGCAUCUAAAUAUAAAGCUCAUGUACUGCAACACUCCAAUCCUAAACCUUUUAUAUGUAAUAUUUGCAAUAAUAGAUACGCAUCAAAAGCAUUCCUAAACGAGCACUUAUUAAAACAUGAAGGUUUGAGAAAACAUGUUUGCCAAAAAUGCGGAGCCACAUUCGCACAAGCUAGUCAUCUUGCAGCUCAUCGCCAUGUACAUGGUGAAAAGACUCACGCUUGUCCAGAAUGUGGAAGAAAGUUUAAUAGACGUGACAAUAUGAAAGUACAUAGAAAAAGACAUUUUGAAUCAAAAAAGACUGAUAGUAAACAAAAUAUUUCCACUACUAACGAAACGUUAAGUGCAUCGAAUGAGAAGUAAUAAUAAUCAUUUGAUUACUUAAAUUCAUCUACAAAUACAUAAUGAAUUUUCCAAACAGAAUGUUAAUUAGAAGACUUGAAUAAUGAAAUGUGAGAUUGAUACAUACAUAUGUAUUUGUAUAUAUAAAAUACCUAUAUAUUAAUAUGAAGCUCAUUUAGGUCAUAGUCAA